CCCCCGCCGCGCCGCCGCCCCAGGCCGAGCGCGGGCGCGGAGCGUGGGAGCCAUGGCGCGCGAGGAGGAGCGGGACCCCGAGAGCCGGGAGGCGGCGGCGCGGGCGAGCGGCGAGGAGGAGGAGGAGGGAGGGGAGGAGGGACUGGGCGAUAGCUACGACGAGGGCGACGACGAGGAGACGGGCAGCGGAGAGGAGGAGGAAGAGGAGGCGGAGGCGGAGGCCGGGUGGGAGCGCAGCGAGGACGCGCGGCUGCUGCGCGCAGGGCUGCCUCCUGCCGCCGUCCCCGCCGCGGCCGCCCGCGAUAGGAGCGGCCGCCGCCCGCCGAGGCCGCCGCCUGGCCGCCAGAGGAUGCGGCCGCCCGGCGACGAGGACCGCGCGCGUCGCCGCCGCCGCCGCCGCCGCCGGAGGGACCUUCUGCUGAGCCAGCUCUGCUUCUUGGCCUCGGUGGCGCUGCUGCUCUGGUCGCUGUCGAGCCUGCGAGAGCAGAAGGAGCUUGACCUCAUGGACCUCAUAGGGGAAGACAGAAAGUGGAUGAUGGGGAGGAAGCUCAUGCAGGUGAACGACACUCUGACUUCUGAAGAUGCUGGACUCCGGAACGGCAAGAACUGCACCGAACCAGCCCUGCAUGAAUUCCCCAAUGACAUCUUCACCAACGAGGAUAGAAGACAAGGCGCGGUGGUCCUCCAUGUGCUCUGUGCCAUAUACAUGUUCUAUGCGCUGGCCAUUGUGUGUGAUGACUUCUUCGUCCCUUCCUUGGAAAAGAUCUGUGAGCGCCUGCACCUCAGUGAAGAUGUGGCUGGGGCCACAUUCAUGGCGGCGGGCAGUUCGGCCCCAGAGCUGUUCACAUCGGUCAUAGGGGUCUUCAUCACCAAAGGCGACGUGGGAGUUGGCACCAUCGUGGGCUCAGCGGUAUUCAACAUCCUGUGCAUCAUUGGUGUCUGUGGGCUCUUUGCUGGGCAGGUUGUGGCUCUUUCCUCCUGGUGCCUGCUGAGGGAUUCGAUUUACUACACGCUGUCUGUGAUCGCGCUCAUCGUGUUCAUUUAUGAUGAAAAAGUUUCCUGGUGGGAGUCUUUAGUCCUUGUGCUGAUGUAUCUUAUCUACAUUGUCAUCAUGAAAUAUAACGCUUGCAUACAUCAGUGCUUUGAGAGGAGGACAAAAGGUGCCGGGAACAUGGUCAACGGAUUGGCCAACAAUGCUGAAAUUGAUGACAGCAGCAACUGCGACGCAACUGUGGUGCUACUUAAGAAAGCAAAUUUCCACCGUAAAGCAUCAGUGAUCAUGGUGGACGAGCUGCUGUCGGCCUACCCACACCAGCUUUCCUUCUCUGAGGCUGGCCUUCGAAUCAUGAUCACCAGCCACUUUCCCCCCAAGACCCGGCUCUCCAUGGCCAGUCGCAUGUUGAUCAAUGAGAGACAAAGAUUGAUAAACAGCAGGGCUUAUACCAACGGGGAAUCCGAGGUGGCCAUCAAAAUCCCAAUUAAGCACACUGUGGAGAAUGGGACAGGGCCCAGCAGUGCCCCAGACAGGGGCGUGAAUGGGACACGGAGGGACGAUGUUGUGGCUGAGGCUGGCAACGAAACAGAAAAUGAAAAUGAGGACAAUGAGAAUGACGAGGAGGAAGAGGAGGACGAAGAUGAUGAUGAAGGACCAUACACGCCAUUCGACCCCCCCUCGGGUAAACUGGAAACAGUGAAAUGGGCGUUCACCUGGCCACUGAGUUUCGUCUUAUACUUCACUGUACCCAACUGCAACAAGCCGCGCUGGGAGAAAUGGUUCAUGGUGACGUUUGCUUCCUCCACGCUGUGGAUCGCAGCCUUCUCCUACAUGAUGGUGUGGAUGGUCACAAUCAUUGGUUACACCCUGGGGAUUCCUGAUGUCAUCAUGGGGAUCACCUUCCUGGCUGCCGGAACCAGCGUGCCUGACUGCAUGGCCAGCCUCAUUGUGGCCAGACAAGGGAUGGGAGACAUGGCCGUGUCCAACUCCAUUGGGAGCAACGUGUUUGACAUUCUGAUUGGCCUUGGUCUCCCCUGGGCUCUACAGACCCUGGCUGUGGAUUAUGGAUCCUACAUCCGGCUGAAUAGCAGGGGGCUGAUCUACUCUGUGGGCUUGCUCCUGGCCUCUGUUUUUGUCACGGUGUUCGGCGUCCACCUGAACAAGUGGCAGCUGGACAAGAAGCUGGGCUGUGGGUGCCUCCUCCUGUAUGGCGUGUUCCUGUGCUUCUCCAUCAUGACUGAGUUCAACGUGUUCACCUUCGUGAACCUGCCCAUGUGCGGGGACCACUGAGCUGCUGGGUGCCCGCAGAGGCUCAGUUCCUUCUUUUCUGUGCAAUACGAGACCUGGCCGCACCCCGAGUCACACAGGACCCCGGGGCCACGGCGUUCGUCUCUCCUGUGCUGUCCUCAGGCCUCCACUCCUGUUUUGGUGGCCCAGGCUCUCCCCUGCCCCAUCGUCACUUCCCCAAUCCUAGGGUCAUGCCUACCCACCCUUUCCUGCCUCCUCUGUGUGAAGACAUCCAACAUCCACAUGACUUUUCCAGCUCCAUUUUGGAACGGUGACUGAGAUUCUAGAAAAACUGGCUGCUAACUGGCCCGAGCCAGGCAACACUGAUUCCAAUCCCUCCUCCUUUUUUAAGUUAUUUGAUGGAAGACUCACCUAGUUUGUGACCUGAGACUGUUGAAGAAAUAGAGAGGAGGGGGCCCGUUGAUUACAGAGAGUGUUUGGGAUUUUGUUUGGUUUGGAGAUGAUGCCUAGGUUACUGGAUUUGGGGGGAUUGUUUUCUUUUGGGGGCCUUCCCCUUUUACUCCUUUUCUUCCAGAGAUCAAGAACUUCUCUUGCAUCUUCUUCCACUGGGCUCCGGAUUAAUCAAUGACCCAAAGGUUGCACCUGCCGUGUUGUCUGGGCUUGCAUCCCAGACGUGUUGGACUAUGCAUGGAUGUAGAGCUUUUUAGAGGAGCCACUGGGCAAGGCCACCGAGAACAAAUGCAUGACAUUUUAUAGCCAAGGACGCCUUGCUAAAGUCUUAUGGGCGUCCCCUGGGGUUGGGGGGCACAAUUGGAGGAAGAAGACAACUUCCCUCAUGUCCAUCAUCACCAUCUCUUUCUCACUAGGUUCUUUCUAGUUUUCAAGCAAUAGUUCUAGCCUGCCUUGGACAAGGGGGCCCUAGUUAAACUACCCAUCCAUGAGGUGCCAGGCAGUCAACAACAGAAGCUUCCCCGACUUGUGAGUCCCUGAGAUGCGCUCUUGUUGUUUGGCAUUUGGGGUGACAGGGAGUGACCCAGAGGCCACCACUGCUUUUCAUGCAGGAGUUACAGACACUGGUUUCUUGGAAAAUGGAGAGAAGCGCACUUUGCACAGACGUCGUCAAUUAAGUCCCAGUUUGCCACUUGGUAUUGAGUACACUGGACCCUGACCGCUGGCUCUUGGGCAAACGUCCUUCCUCACGGGGCGCCUCCGCCAAGCCGGCCCAGCUGCACCCCUCCCUUCCUGGAGGGAUGGCCAGGGAAGAAGCAAACAGAGAACUGACACCUUUGAAACCACAGAAUGUGUUACAUGCAGACUCGCUCAAGGGCGUAAGUUAUUGUGAACGUUUUUGCCAAUCACCGCUCAACAGCCCUGCUAGAUUUUGUAUGAUGCUGAAUUAUUACGCAGACUAAUUCCACCCAGUCAAGACACACCCAUGCUUGUUCACUUGUAUUUAUUGAAACUGUGGAUUCUUGCCCGUGCUGUCCCUUGUAUUUACUUUAAGCACUGAUCACUUAUCAUUCAUUCGGUAUGGUUUUCCCUGUCCCUUGUACACAUUCUGGUAUGAAUUUGUAAAAAAUAACCUGCUACAAAUUGGUUGAAUGUUUCUGUCUAUGAUGCGAGCCAGCAUUAACGAACGGGGCACGUGCCCAACUGAGGAACAGGAGAAGACAUCACCAAUUUGGGCUCUCAGAGCUAAGACACACUUAUUGAUUCUGUUGCACAUUUUGCACUGGUUUAUGGCGAUUGUUUUCUUGGACGGAUAGUGUAAAAUAAACUUCUCUGUUCUCUAUCCUUCCCAGAGCAGAGUGCAUUACUUUCUCCCCUGGAAGGCUGUGUGUUUUUCGUUGAGGAGAAUGGAUGCAAGGUAAAAUGUUUGCAGUCACUAUGUGUCCAGGUAUUUGCCACCUGCUGUUUCUGCGUUGCCUCACCUGGAAAGCUGGCGUAUGUGUGGCAGAUUAUGAGAAUGAAGUGGCCAGCUGUGGGUCCCCUGUAAAUCUUGAAGGGACUUUAGGCCUAUCAUCCUGUCAUAGAAUUCUAGAACUCCACCUGUCCUAGAAUACAUUAGUUAGGAAUUCAUUGUUUCCGUUGAACAUGAGAGAAGGAGCAUCACAGGACUGACAAUGACAUUCUGGAGUGGCCAAGUUCCCCCAUUCUGUCUGAUUUUAGUAGUUCUUAAUCGUGAAAAUUAGGAUUUCUCCAAAGCUGAUUCUUUAAAAGUGACAAUAACAUAGUUGUAAUAAGCCGUGUUCUGAUGCUAGGUGAUGCUCAAGAAAUAACUACCCAGAUCUAAAUUAGUAAACACAGACAGCUAAGCUUCCACCAGAAAUGCAGCAAAUUUGUUUAUAA